CUUCACAACCUCUCCCCUCUUGGACUUGUGUUGCUAUGUUUUAUUUCUGCUUCCUUCGCCAUGUUCCCGACCAAUAUUACCACUGAUCAGUCAUCUCUUCUUGCCUUGAGAGCUCACAUUUCAGUUGACCCUCUACAAAUCUUGGCCAAAAACUGGUCCGUUGGCUCUUCGGUCUGCCACUGGAUUGGAGUCUCUUGUGGCUCUCGUCAUCGUAGAGUGACUGCCUUGGACAUGUCAAACAUGGGCCUUACCGGCAUCAUCCCUCCACAACUGGGAAAUCUAUCAUUUCUUGUUUCUCUUGACAUGAGUGCGAACAACUUCCAUGGAGAACUACCACAUGAGUUUGUUGGAUUGCGCCGAUUAAAACUCCUUAAUUUGAGUGUCAACAAUCUCGAAGGAGAGUUCCCCCACUGGAUUGGUUCAUUUCCUCAACUUCGUCGCCUGUCUCUUAGAAAUAAUAGUUUCACUGGUCUUAUCCCAUCUUCCAUCUCUAACUUGUCAAAGCUAGAGAUCAUAAGUCUUGCGUUCAACCCUCUACAAGGAAACAUUCCCACAGGGAUUUUCAAUAUUUCCUCCCUGCAAAUCAUUGCCCUUAAGGAUAAUGGCCUAUCCGGAGUUCUUCCAAGUGACAUGUGUUACCAUCUUCCUGGACUGAGUUUACUUAACCUAUCAUUUAACAAGUUAUCUGGUCAUUUACCAUCAAGUACUUUAGCUCAAUGUUCGGAACUUCGGGUGCUGUCUUUGUCUGUCAACGAAUUUGGAGGGGCCAUACCAAAAGAAAUUGGAGCACUGAAGAAGCUUGAGGAGCUAUACUUGGGUUACAACUAUUUGGAAGAACUUCGGGUGCUGUCUUUGUCUUUCAACGAAUUUGGAGGUUCCAUACCAAAAGAAAUUGGAGCGCUGAAGAAGCUUGAGGAGCUAUUCUUGGGUAACAACUAUUUAGAAGGUCAAAUUCCAAAAGAGAUUGGUAAUUCAACUAUGAUUAAAAUACAAAAUUUUGCAUACAACAACUUAACAGGUGUAAUACCACGAGAGAUUGGUAGCUGGUACUUUCUCCAACAACUCGAAAUGGAAUUCAAUGGCUUAACUGGUUCCAUACCAGUAGAGAUCUUCAACCUCUCAAAGUUGAAUAUUAUGUCACUUACACAAAAUCAACUAUCAGGCAAUCUUCCAUCAACAUUCGGUUAUAGGCUUCCCAAUUUAGAAUACCUUUAUCUCGACAUUAAUUACCUUUCUGGAGCAUUACCUAGUUCAAUCUCAAAUUCUUCUAAUCUCCGUCACAUAGAAUUUGGCGGUAACAAGUUCACGGGUCCAAUUCCCAUUUCCAUGGGAGACCUGAGGUUCCUUGAAGAGCUGCAUCUAGGCGGCAACCUCUUAGUGAGCGACUCCUCAUCUCCAGAGUUGACCUUCAUCACUUCAUUGACAAAAUGCCAAUAUUUGUCAAUAUUGGACUUCAGUGACAAUCCAUUGAAUGGGAUCAUUCCAGACUCACUCAGUAAUCUUUCAACUUCCUUUGAAAAACUACACGCACCAAAUUGCAAAAUAAAGGGCAGCAUUCCUGAUGGAAUUGGAAACUUGAGAAGUUUGAUCCUAUUAGAUCUAUCAAACAAUGACUUAACUGGGUCGUUGCCAGCUACAAUAAAAGAUUUUCAAAAGCUUCAAUACAUGGGUCUCAGUAUGAACAAACUAAUUAGCAGAGUUCCCUUGCAUUUUCUUUGUGCUCUCCACAACUUGGAUACAAUGAACCUUGGACAAAAUCAAUUUAUGGCCUCAAUUCCAAAGUGCUUCGCAAAUCUUACUUCCCUGAGGCAUCUCAACCUAAGUCACAACAGACUAUAUUCUGCUCCACCUGAGGAAAUAUGGAACCUGAAAGAUCUCUUGGAGCUUGACCUCUCCUCAAAUCUGCUGAGUGGAUCUUUGCCAUAUGCUAUUACGAAUAUGAAGAUGGCAAAUUGGGUAGAUUUGUCAACCAAUCAGUUCUCAGGUGGCAUUCCUAACUCAAUUGGAGAUAUGCAGAACCUGCAAAAUCUUUCUCUAGCACACAACAAAUUGCAAGGAUCAAUUCCAGAAUCGAUUGGCAAGAUGUUAAGCUUGGAGUCAUUGGAUCUAUCACAUAACUUUCUCUCUGGAUCAAUUCCAAUGUCAAUGGAGAACCUUCGGUAUCUUAGACAUUUUAAUGUCUCUUUUAACAAUUUAAGUGGUGAAGUUCCUUCCAGAGGGCCUUUUAUCAACUUCACUGCCGAAUCCUUCACUUCAAAUCAAGCCCUCUGUGGAGCUCAAAGGUUUCAUGUUCCCCCAUGUCCAAAUAAUUCAGCUCACAAAUUGAGAACAAAAAAGCUGCAUCGAAGAACUUUUAUUCUAUUGGGGAUGAUAAUAGCAGUGGGAGCCGUGUCCUUUGGAUUUGUUUACCUGAGAUAUCGAAAGAAAGAUGUAUUUUCCAGUGGAGCAGAUUUAUCCUUAGUUGCAAUGCCAGAAAGAAUUUCAUUUUUUGAACUUCUACAAGCAACUAAUGGGUACAAUGAAAGCAAUUUGUUGGGGGCUGGAAGCUUUGGAUCUGUUUAUAGAGGUACUCUUGAUGAUGGAAGGGUUGUGGCUGUUAAAGUGUUCAAUUUACAAGUCGAUGGAGCGUUCAAGAGUUUUGAUGUAGAAUGCGAAAUGUUGCGCAAUCUUCGCCAUCGAAACCUCACAAAAGUUAUUAAUGGCUGCUCUAAUCCUGAAUUUAAGGCAUUAGUGCUUGAGUUCAUGCCUAAUGGGAGUCUUGAGAAGUGGUUGUAUUCUCACAAUUAUUUUCUGGAUAUAAUUCAAAGAUUGGACAUAUUGAUUGAUGUGGCAGGUGCAUUGCAAUAUCUACACUGUGAGUAUGCAACUCCAGUAAUUCAUUGUGAUCUGAAGCCAAGUAAUGUCCUACUAGAUCAAGACAUGGUUGCCCAUCUAAGAGAUUUUGGCCUUACAAAGCUGUUGAACGGGGAAAACAGCAUCACAUACACUGAAACACUCGCCACGCUUGGCUAUCUCGCACCAGAGUAUGGGUUGGAAGGAUUAGAGUAUCAGCAAAAUGUGACAUCUACAGUUUUGGAAUCAUGAUAAUGGAAGUCUUCACGAGAACAAAUCCCAAUAGUGAAAUGUUUGGUGAAAAACUGAGCCUGAAGAGCUGGGCGGCUAAUUCAAUACCUGAUGGAUUAGCUAAUGUCAUAGAUGUUAAUUUGCUAGAGGAAAGUGAUGAAUACUUUGUUGAAAAGCUAAGCUGCAUAGCCUCAAUCAUGAAAGUGGCUCUAGGCUGCACGAUGGAGUCUCCAAGAGAGAGAAGCAGCAUACAAGAUGUUCUUGUUGCACUGAAAAAGAUCAAGCUUCAGUACACGAGUCCCCUGUGUUCGGCGACUUAGUGGUGCAUGCAUGUUCUCUGAGCAAGAUUGCAACCUUCUUCUUGAUUGUCUCAUUAGGUUAUAAAUUUGUAGUGGUAUUCAUAGAGUACAUGUUAGAAAAACCCUAUAAUAAUUAACAGUGUAAGUUGAUUAUCUCACUCUGUCUUUUCUUA